AUGGCGUGGCGUUUGCUCCCGUGGCAUUUGCAAGAGGAUUGCAGUAACCCGACACCGAACCCGCGACCCCAGCGUGAGGGCACGCCGCCUCGACAUAUAGUCGGAGGGACACCGUGGUCGUACACGUUUUGGAGCGGAAUAAUUUGGGGUUUCCAUUUCGGGGACCCCAUAGUGGAAAGUUUGGCGCAAAUACACGCGUGCAUUCGUUGGGCGCAAUUAAGUGAUGAAUGGAGGACGGGGCGGCUGAGGAUUAUUCGCGCUAUGGCAGCGGGUCUCCAGCACGGCCAGCCAGCUUUACGUGGCUCCUCGCCCGAGCUCGAUACA